AUGGUUAGUCCUUUAGAAUUUUAUGGCAAGUUUUCUGCUAAUGUUGGUCCUCCUUGCCCUGACCCCAUCUUGUAUCGAAAGUUGGUUGGAAAACUCAAUUAUUUGCAGCAUACCCAACCUGAUAUCUCUUUUCCUGUCCAACAUCUUAGCCAGUUUCUUCACUAUCCUAGUAUGCCUUAUUUAGAGGCAGGUUUUCAUGUAUUACGUUACCUGACUGGUUCUCCUGGUUUGGGCAUUCUCUUGAAUAAUUCUGAUGAUUUUUCACUCACUGGUUUUUGUGACUUUAACUGGGCUAAUUAUAUUCAAACUAGAAGAUCUAUCACCAGUUUCUACAUUUUAUUUGGAGGAUCCCCUAUUUCGUGGAAAUCCAAGAAACAACCCACAAUUGCUCUUUUUUCUACCGAGGCCGAAUAUAGGGCUCUUCGAAAAAUUAUGGCAGAAAUUUUAUGGCUGCUGGCUGAUCUUCUCACUAAGUCGUUAACUGGUGUCCAACACAGGAGUUUGCUUUCCAAGCUGGGUUUAGGUUCCAUCUUGAGGGGGGAUGUUAGGAAUGGGCCUAUACAGUUUCGCGUGCAGAUGAAGGAAAAAAUGAAAGAUUAA